AUGCACUAUAAAUUUUACAUCAGUCAGUCAAACUCAAUUUUUCUGAUGAAAUUGAUCACACGCGGCAAAUAAUUUCCUUUAAACGUGACAGUUUCAUCGGCUCUAUUUAUUAAUCAAAUUGUAUCAUUAAAGUCAGCAUCAACAGAAUUUAGUGGCAAAAACAUGAUCAUUUAUACAAACAAGGGGAAUCCAUUUGGAUUGAAGUUAUUGAUUUCCGCAAAAUUGGCCAAGAAAGAGGUUAUUGUGGAGCAGAAAAAUAUUAGCACCACAUCUACAACCGAUGUGCAACAUUUGCCGAUUUUAAAACUCGACUGCGGAACCGAAAUCUUCUCUAGCAAUGCUGCCGUCAAAUAUUUAUUUCCCACUCAGGACAAUGUUGGUGCAUUGGAUGAGUGGCUGGAAUGGUCAACAACUCGUCUAGCACCAGUUCUAGCCCAUAAUUUGGCCGGAGGACAUCGAGCCGAUCCGAAUGCACGUCCAAUUUUAAAUCAAUUGGUGAAAUCGCUGAACGACACGCUCAGCAAAAGUUUAUAUUUGACUGGCGCGAAAAUAACUUGUGCUGAUGUAGCUGUAUGGUCAUUGAUAGCACCAGAUGGUACAUUAAAAGGUGCCCAUGACAUCGAUAGUUUACUGAUUUGGUACAAGAAAAUUGCCGAAUUACCGGAGGUGGUCGAAGCAUUGAAGAUCUUACCUCUUACGGAUUUGCAUUUUUCGUCGCUGGAACAAGCCAACAAAUUCGGUGGAUUGCAUCAUAUUAUUUUGGGCCAGCAGGUCGGCGACGAGCCACAUCUGUUAGCUGAUUUGCCGAAUCAGAUUGCCGAGACGGUGUCAGCGGAUGAAAUUGAUCAAGCGAGGGAGAAAUUCAUUUACAACAAACCGGUGGACAUCAAGGAAGCUAGGACGGUAUUGCCGGUUGCUGGGAAACGGAACGUGUUGAUAACGUCCGCCCUGCCAUACGUGAACAACAUUCCCCAUUUGGGUAACAUAAUCGGGUCGGUUCUGUCUGGGGAUAUUUUUGCCAGGUACUCCCGCAUAGCAGGAUACAAUACGUUGUAUCUUUGCGGCACCGACGAAUAUGGCACAGCUACCGAGACAAAAGCAUUGGCUGAGAACAUGACUCCACAGCAAAUCUGUGACAAAUACUUUGAGAUUCACAACGGCAUUUACCGCUGGUUUGGCAUCGGAUUCGAUUAUUUUGGUAGAACAUCCACACCGGAACAAACUAAGAUCACGCAGGAAUUGUUUCUGGAACUGCUGAACGCUGGAUUCAUGGAGACGCAAUCUGUCGAUCAAUUACUCUGCACAAAUUGUGAUCGAUUUCUGGCCGAUAGAUUUGUGGAAGGUACAUGUCCUCACUUAGGUUGCGGCUAUGAAGACGCACGCGGUGACCAGUGUGACGGAUGCGGUAAGCUAGUCAAUGCAAUCGAAUUAGUCCGUCCAAGGUGUAAGAUCUGCAGUUCAGCGCCAGUUAUUCGUCAAUCGAAUCAGUUCUUCAUCAAUUUGCCAUUGAUUGAACCGAAACUGCGAAGCUGGCUGACUGGUGUCGAAGAUCAGUGGUCGAAUAACGCGCGGAUGAUUACUAGGUCCUGGCUGAAGGAAGGUCUAAAAUCACGUUGCAUAACCAGAGAUUUGAAAUGGGGCAUUCCGGUUCCAUACAAAGGAUUCGAGUCCAAAGUGUUUUAUGUAUGGUUCGAUGCUCCCAUUGGAUACAUGUCGAUAACGAAUAAAUACACGAAUGAGUGGCGACAGUGGUGGCAGCCCAAAGACAAAAACAUGAACGUCGAAUAUUUCCAAUUUAUUGGAAAGGAUAACGUUCCAUUCCAUUCGGUUAUGUUCCCGUCGACCUUGUUGGGUAUUAACAAGGGCUACACCACAGUAUCACAUAUAAUGGCAACAGAGUACUUAAACUACGAGGGCGGUAAAUUCAGCAAGAGUCGUGGUGUUGGUGUAUUUGGCAACGAUGCCCAGGACACCGGUAUCCCAGCUGAUGUGUGGCGCUUCUACUUGGCUUCCGCCCGGCCAGAAGGACAGGAUUCCAAUUUCAGUUGGGUGGAUCUCGUGACGAGAAACAAUUCCGAGCUGUUGAACAAUUUGGGAAAUUUCAUAAAUCGAUCGCUGGUCUUUUGCGAGAAAAGCUUCAACGCAACCAUUCCGCCAAUCGCGUUGAAGGAGGACGAUUUGAUUUUGUUGGCAUUGGUCAAUCGAGAAAUUAAGGGCUAUGUUCAUUCCAUGGAACGAGCCAAAUUCCGUGAUGGUUUAAGACAUAUUCUGUCAAUAUCUCGUCACGGUAACCAAUUUAUGCAGACGCAACAGUCUUGGGUGCUGUUGAAAGGAUCGGACGAUGAGAAGGCUAGAGCAGCUACAGUUAUAGCGCUUACGUGUAAUUUAGUUUACUUGUUGGCAUCUCUACUGUUCCCAUUCAUGCCACAGACAUCGCGAACGAUCUUCCAACAGUUGAAUACCACUCAGAGGAUAGUCGAUACAGAACAACCGUUCAUGGUACAAUACUUGGAAGCCGGUCAUAAAAUUGGUAAACCGAGUCCACUAUUCGCGAAGAUUGAAGCUGCUCGACUGGAGGAGUUAAAACAAAAGUACGGAGGUCAGCAAGAAGCAGCAACACCGAACGCAAUUCCUCAACAACAAUUUAAGAGUGCUGCAGACAUCGAGAAAGCGAUUCAAGCGCAGGGCGAGAAGGUGCGAUUGUUGAAGGCGAACAAAACGGAAAAACCAGUUUUGGAUCCGGAAAUCGCUUUGUUGCUGAAACUGAAAAAAGAUCUUCAAUCGUUCGUGGAAGCGGAGAAAAAACCAGCCGCUGCCGAAGUGAACCCGGCCGAUGCAACGCAACGAAUUAAGGAGCUGGAAGAGCAGAUCACCAAACAGGGAGAGAAAGUUCGAACGCUAAAGGGUUCCGCAGACAAAACGGUUUGGCAGCCGGAAGUCGAUGCAUUAUUGAAAUUGAAGAAGGAGCUGUCGGCUCUUUCUGGUGCCCCUCCUCAGCUAGCAUCGGGUAAAAAUAAGAAGAAGAAAUGAGUGCACGUUUGAUUGUAGAAAUCCAUUGAAGAUGUGAAGACCGGUGAAAAUUCAUUAAAAGAAAUUGAAGUGAAGAUUUCAAAA